AUGGCCCAGCCUCAGCCAUCACCAGCAACUCCUGGGGCCUUGGCCCAAUCCCUCUUCGGUGGGCCGGCAGCUCAGGCCCUAUCGACACCCAACCAGCCCUCGAACACAUCCACGCAACCUUCACCUUCUCCGAUGGACCAAAUUCCGGGUUCAGCAGCGUCAAGCAACAACACCUACAUCAUGCCCAACUCUCCUAUCAAGAGUAGAGGUACCCUCGAUGGCUAUCGUCCAAGGGUAACAAGGACCUUGGGCCAGCGACCAGCUUGCCUUGUCAACGCCUCGGUCACAUAUUGUGGCAACAACCAUAUCUACGCUUUCGGAGGCUUCGAUCAGUACACCGACGAAGUCUACAACCAUGUCCUCAAGCUGGAUUUGGUCAGUCACCAGUGGAGUUUGGUUGACAACUACGGCGAUAUUCCCGGCGUAAGAAUGGGUCAUACUGCCACUCUAUACCAAGGUGACAAACUUCUGGUCUUUGGCGGCGAAAACGAGCACCGGACCUAUCUCUCCGACUUGAUCAUUUUUGAUCUGAAAACCGCGCACUGGACACAACCUUCAGUAACUGGUCCUGUGCCUAAGGGUCGAGCAAGACACGCAGCGGUGCUGCACGAAGAUAAACUUUUCAUCGUUGGAGGCAUAACUGGUCACGACAACUACGUGCUUGACGAUAUCUGCUAUCUCGAUCUCAAGACCUUCACUUGGUCCCGCUCCUGGCGUUUCGUAGGUCGAUUCGAUCACUCUGCCUACAUUUAUGGAGACAGAGUAUGGGUUUUUGGCGGAUUGUCUGAGGACAUGGACAAGAUUGGCGACCUCUGGUGGCUCGAUCUCAAGGGUAGUCCGGCUUUUGAUUCUGCACCUCACGUCGGGAUUUACGAUCGUCAAACUGGCACCAGCCGUGCUGUUGGAUCGCCAAGACAACCUUAUUCUAUGGCACAUCCACCACCUGCAGUAGGCUCUUCAGGGUAUGCCGCCAACUCGCGGACUCAACAAGUCAACCCACCUUCUUUUCAGCUCAAGACCUUUUCACCCAUGGCCCCAGGAACAAUCUCUUCUCUGAAGUUCAUUUCCGGACCCAACAUACCCUCGCAGGGGUCUGGCAUACACUUCCACGUGUACUCAUCGGGCACGCUACUUGACUUUGUUACACCGGCCGCAACUAUCACUUCCAAGGAGUGUUCCUUAUCAGCACUGGACUUGGGAACCUUGCGAUGGCAAAAGCUAGCUGAAGGUCGCGAAAUUUUCAAAUCGGGCUACCGAUGGCACUACUGUACCAUGAACGAAGACGGAACUAAGGCAUGGCUGCUCGGAUGUCCUACUGACCCUGUCGCUUCGGACUUGGGCCCCAACGGGUUCGAGGAAUACCUGAGCGACAUAAUGGAGAUCGAUCUUCGUAGAUACGGCUUCUUAGGAAACAACUUUUCGCCUGAGCCACGUAUAGAAUCAAGGCCGACAACGCGAGUAGUCGACCAACCCUCAAAAGGGCUCGGGGCUGACUUGGCAAAACUCUUUGAUCAUCCUCCAGAGAGCGGCAGCGGCACUGACUUCAUCGUCACGGCCUUGGAAGGCGACUACGAAGACGACGACAUGAUGUCUCGUGUCACAGACGCGUCUGCAGGCCAAAAUUGGCUCGCACCUGACGCCCCUACAUCCCAACCAAUCCACGUCCACAAGCUCAUUCUUCAGGCUCGUUGGCCACACUUCGCCCGGUUAUACAACUCCCAGAUGGCGGAAUUCCACACAAAGAAGAUGCAUAUCCCUGAGCCAUACUCCGUGGUCAAGGCUUUUCUUUAUUACCUGUACACGGACAGCAUACAUGGAACGUCUGUCAACGAGAGUGGUGCCACUACUGAUUUGUCUGACGUAGCUGGGCUUCUCGUCAUGUCCAACAUUUACGGCAUUCCGCAUCUGAGGCUUUUGUGCGUGAACCGACUCUCCAAAGAACUCGACGUUGACCAUGCCUGCGUCAUAUGGCACUGUGCUGGACUUGCGAACGAAGAGUGGCUCCGCAAGCGGGCUGCACAGUUCUGUCUCACACACUGGGGUCGUAUCGUACGGACCCAAGGGUUCCUUCGUCUGCCAAGGUCGGCGCUUGUUGAACUCUCUCAGGAAAUCGACAUGGAGGGCCGCGUCGUCGGCGGCGAUGAACUGGAAUAUGUCGGCGGGUUGGCAGGUUCCCGGUUUGGAGAUGGAUGUUCUGUCGUCAGUCGAAAGGAGAGCGUGAGCAGCAACCACACGCAACUACUUGACAGUGAAGCCGACGACGAAGACGGCAUGGAGAUGAGCUGA